CGUCAAAUGAUGCCCAGGAUGAAGUGAAGUAAGUAUGGCACACCAGACAGUCAUAAAGACCGUAGGCUCUGCUCCAAGAGAUAUAUCACCAGCAGUAGGUCUUUACAACAGCACUUCUAUCAGCAUUUCACAACUCUACAGCUCUCUACAACAUGGCCGAAGACCGCAUCUUCAAGCUUGGCGUCAUCGUGCCCUCAUCCAACACCGCUCUCGAACCAUUGACCACCGCCAUUGCAUCCACGAUACCCAACAUUUCCGUCCACUUCUCCCGCUUCCGAGUCACCGAGAUCUCCUUGAGCGACAAUGCGAUUUCACAAUUCGACGACAGCAAGAUCAUCGAUGCCGCGAAGCUCCUGGCAGAUGCAAAAGUUGAUGUCAUAGGGUGGAGUGGGACCAGCGCCGGAUGGCUCGGGCUGGACAAAGACCGGGAGUUAUGCCAGAAGAUUGAAGACGCGACAGGAAUCAAAGCGACAACGAGCUGUGUGGGCAUGCUCAAUGUGUUUCACGAGAUCUUCGCUGGGCAGGAGUAUGGAGAGAACACCAAGGCGCGAUGGGGUCUGGUAACACCGUACUUGGACGAAGUGCAGAAGAAGGUUAUGAAAACAUUCGGUGAUGCGGGCUACGAAGUCGUAGCUGAGUCUCACCUGGACCGGAGUGUCAAUGCCGAUAUUGUGGCUACGAGUGAAGACGAGCUGGACAAACAAAUGGAAGACGUGCUCUCUAAGAUGGAGGACGAGCCGAUCAAGGUCGUGUCUACAUUUUGCACGAACUUGCGAGCAGCGCAAAGAGUUGCAUUCUGGGAAAAUCGAUGGCCAGGCCUAGUGGUAGUGGAUACCGUUGCCACAGUGGUGUGGGAUAUGCUGCGCAUACUCGGAAUCGACAUGAAAGACCUCCGAGCAUGGGGCGUUAUGUUCUCAAAGGCGGGUUCGUGAAUAGUAAUCUUGCACAAAUUUCAUCAUGAUAAAGACAGCAAUAUAUCCACA